CUAAGAAUCAUGCAAAAUCAAAAAUUAGUGGCAGACCCAUUAUUACAUAUUUCACUGAAAUUGGCUGUAAUAUCAAGAAAAAGAUGUAAUAAUAUCAUUAAACUUAAUAAUUCCUACUGAUAUGGGUCGAUUUGGUUUUUAUCAGAUCAUUCAGUUCAUGGAUUUUGAAGAAAUGCACUGUUGUUUCCUUUAUAAAUUUUGCAUUUUUAAAUUGAAAUAAAAUCUUUUAUCGGUUACAUUCAUUAAAAAUCUUUAUAAAAUCUGAAAGAUAAUUGUUUUACUAUCCAAUUUUGAAAAGAAAAUGAUUUGGAAAUAAAUAAAUUAAUUUGCUAAAAUUUAAAGAAAUUUGUAUUGUAAACAGUGUAUUGGUUGCUAAUGGAAGCUUCAAAUUAUCUCCCCUUUCGUGACUCUCCAGUGUAGAAAUACAAUUACCCUACAGUUGUAUAGUAACAAUAUGGCUGAGGAAGUAGACAUCUCAGAGCAGACUACACUUUUAUGCAGCCUUUCUCACUUUUCUAAGACUCCAUGUUCACAUGUUUCAACCUCAGAAAAUGCUUCAAAGUUAUUUUAUUUGAAAGAAUGUAAGAAGUCAGUAUCAAAUCACUUACGUUCAUUGAACAUUUCAUACGAUGAGAACAUUUUGACAGAAGGUCUUCUUAUAUGCUUACGUGUUGGUAUAUUUCGUUUAAUGCCACAUUUCACUGUUUGCCCUUAUCAUCGGUCAUCUUUGGGGUUGAAUUGGAAGAGGAAAACAUCAUGUGUAUUUCCUGGCCAUACUGGAAAGAGUAAAGGGGAUAGACCGAUAUCAUACAGGACCAGCUACGCUCUGAUUUCCCAGGGAGGAACAUUCUUGCCAAUAGGAUCAGCUAUCUGUAAAGUCUGCAAAACAAAAACAUGUAACAUCCUAGAAUCAUUUCCUGAUAUGAUGGACAUUAUUCCUGGUGAUGAGAAUUCAGGAGAAAUAAAAAUAAAUGAUCAGAUGGACAUUUAUCCUUGUGACAUGGAUUCUGAUGGUCAUUAUUUAGAGCAUAAGUUUUCAGUAGUUGAACAGAACCAGACAAGAUAUAAGUGCAUGCAGUCAGAAGAUACGACAGCUAAGGAAGAAAAUGACAUGAUAAGUGAAGAUGAAGCAUCUAUAUGGAUUUCACAGUCUGAUUCAGAAAAUUAUACGGUUUCUCUGCCAUCAUCUCAGAUAUCAUCAUGGAGUGCAGAAAAUGACAUACAAAGAAACACAUUAGAGGAAAUAAACAGUGCACUGAACAUCAUUGGUGGGGGAAAAAUCAGUCCAAUUACAUACCAAAUAAGGAAGGAUGUUAACGAACUCAAACCAAGAACAGUGCGCAGCCUGAAGAGAAAAGCAUCUGCUACUGUUCAUGAAGCUCUUGACUGUCUUGCACCAUUUCAAGCAAAAAAAGUUUGGCAACUCAUAGAUAUGGACAUGGUAAAUAUACUGCCCUUGAAACAAACUAUUUUUGAGAUUAAUGUAAUAUAUUUUAUACUUGGCCUAUGUAAAAAGUAUUUGCAAUUUGAGUAAACAGUCACAAGUCAUAGAAUAUAGAA